UUUAAUUUGAAAUUUACAAGAAAUAAACUGUUCAUAAAUAAGAAUCAAAAUGAAAAUUUUUUUACUUUUCGUGUUAAUAAUGUUCAUAAAAGUAAGAUUAAGUUAUGCUUACUUUUUACAGUGCUCCCAUAGUCGUUAUUUUCUAAACUUUUUUAACCAUAAUGAAAGAUUUUUGUUAGAAUUCGAAAAAAAUAAAGAUUAUAUCACAAUCCAAAAUCUUAUUAACUAUAGCAAGGCACUACAAACACACAGUAAAGUAAUUAUGAUAUUUUUAGAUGACUUGGUGAACAAUAAGAAUUCUAUAAUUCCUCUUGCGUUGAUCACGUUAAAUAUGUACUUAAAUAACGUUUCUGGCUCUUUAAAUAUGAUCUCACUAACCGAAGAUAGUGAAAAAAAUGAUGCUACAAAAUUAUUGGAAGGCUAUAAGAUUAUUCAUGUCUCAGUUAAAAAACAAUUAGAAAAAUUCAUUAGUAAUAAUUGUAAAAGUAUACCAUUUAUUGAUUAUAUGGUUAGUUGCAAUCUUCCAAUCAGUAGACAUGAAUAUACUACAACUAAUCUAAUAAAUAUAAAUAAUCAUCUCAAAGAUAACAUAUUGAAGAAGUUUUAUUUAUCAGUAGAAAGAAAUUCAUACGAAAAUUUUCAUCCAAAAAAUUUUUUGUUUUACGAAAUAAUGACCCAACAGAUUAUCAGCAACAAAAAUAAUAUUAUACAAAUAGAUACUAGUAAACACAUAGAAUUAAAUUUACUUCGAUUCACUCCACUUGACGUCCAAUGUUCUGACGGUACUCGAUUAACUAUACAAGAUGUAUAUGAGUAUAUGAAAUAUGAUUUUAAUUCUAUGGAUGUUUUAGAAUAUAUAAACAUGGUAAUUUUGGCUACGUUUCAACCAAUAGCUAUUCUUAUACGUAACUUUUUAACCUUAAUUAUAGUUGUAUCUUCAGAGAAUUCAGAUAGUGUACCAAAAAGUUUCAAAUCGACAUUAAUUAAAACGGGUCGAAUAAUAUUAAAUUAUAUUAGAGAAUUCAUUUCUCUCGGCUUGUACAAUGAGAAACGGACAGCAUUUCUGCGAAAAAUCAUUGAUCAAUUUAUUAUUAACUUAAACAAUUAUACUAAAAAUGCAGAGUUUUCCAAUUUGAAUAUAAGAUUCAGUAAUGAAUUAAUUAAAUUACUUAUGAAUUUUUUGAUUAAAAACAGAUUUUAUUUUACAUCUUAUAUUGUUCUAAGUAAUGAAAAUAUUAAUGAAAAUAAUGCCAAUGAAAUUCAAGAUCAAUUAGAAAAAAUCAUGCAAAAUGUUGAUACAUAUAUAAAAGAUUUGAAAAAAUGGAAUAGUUAUCUUCAAUUAAUAAUAAAAUUUUCUAAACGGAAUUUCCAAGUUUCAUUUCAUAAUCAUUUAAUUAAUUCUAAAGUUUUAAAUCUUAUUUGUGGUACUGAAACACAUUUUGAAAUAUACAUUGCUAGUAGGAAUGAUUGUAAUAACAUUGAUAUAGGAUUUUUUAAGAAAGAUUAUAUUACAGAAUAUAAUUUAGAGGAGAUAUUAAAAGAUAAAACUGACACAAAUUAUACCUUUAUAAAUAAAUCUGGUAAACCGCUUUAUAUGAUUGAUUAUUUGCCAUAUAGCAUAUAAAGUGAUAUUAUAAUACUGACUAUUGUAUAAUGUGUUAAUUAUUUUCAAAACAUUAUUUUUUUCAUAUUUAGUAUACAGAGUGAUUCUUUUAACACUAGUCACAUGAUUUUUUUUUUAAAUAGUAUUAAUAUUACAAAAAUUAUUAUUUAGUACUUUUUUGUUUUAUAUUUUCUAUUUAAAAUUAUUUAUUGUUUCUCAAUUCAUCUACAAUAAAUUUAAGGAAAUUUAACUUUAUUUUUAAAUGGCAACAUACAUAUUUAACUAGGUUAUAAAAUAAAAUAAAUAAUAUAAUUAAGUAAAUUUUUAGGCAAUAACAUAUUUUGACAAAUUAUUUUAAAAGAUAUUAAAAUUUUAAAUAUAGUUAUCAUAAGACACAUCUUGACCUUAUUAUUCCUUUUGCCGAGAUAAAAUAAUAUUAUUGUCAUUCAAAAAAUUGGUACAAUUAUUAUACCAAACAGUUAUUUUCCUAGUUUUAUCACAUUUUUUUAUUUUAUAAUGUAUAUAAUUUUAUAAGUAGUUAAAUAUGAAUGAUAAAAAUAUAAUGUUGAUACCCUCAUAAGGUGCAAAGAUAAAUUAAAGCAAUUAAUUGCUGAUGAAUUGAGAUUUGUUUGAUUUCAUAAAAUUUUAUUGUUUCUCGAUAAAUUAAAUUUAGAUU